AUGCAUACUGCUCUCCUUUUCGCAAUAUCACCCAUCUUUCCUCUCCGCUCUAUCACUAUGCCUAAUGGCUUAGGGACAAGAAGACACACCAAUGCUGGCUCAUUCGAGGCCUUCCUGGAGGGCUGGCUAGUCCGCCAGGAACACUACCUCGACGAGCUCCUCUCGACUCAGCAACACUGCCACAAAAUGAGAGACGAGGACCUCAAAGAACUGAUCUCACGAAUCCUCGCUCACUAUCAAGAAUACUACGAAGAAAAAUCAAGAAUGGCGCAUAGGGAUAUUUUCCUCGUGUUCUCUCCCACAUGGUUCACCUCCUUCGAGCGCGCCUUCCUCUGGAUUGCCGGGUUCAAGCCCGGCCUCUCAUUCCGACUCGUCAACAACUCCGUCGACGACUUGUCCGAAGACCAGCACGAGAGGAUUAAUAAGUUGAUGGAGGACACCAAAACGGAGGAACGAGCACUCAACCAUGAGUUGGCAAAGAUUCAGGAGAGGGUGGCGGCGCCGCCAUUGCUGGAGCUUUUGAGGUGGGGCCGGGAAUUAGCCAACGGAGAAAUAAGUGAGGAAUAUUACAGGGUGCUCGAUGCCUGGAAAUCGUCGUUGGAGACACUGUUGGCAAAUGCAGAUUCGCUGAGGAUGAACACCGCGGUGAAUGUGGUGGAAAUACUGAGGCCGGCCCAGACAGUGAGGUUCUUGGCCGCGGCGGCUCAGCUUCAGCUCAGGAUUAGAACUUGGGGGUUGCAAAGAGAAGCUGAAAGACAAGAAUGA